CUCAGAUGCUGCAAGAACUCCUUCCCAGCCGCUGGCCACUCACUGGUGCCUUUGUGAUCGUCCCCCGAUUCAAUAUGGCGGAGCUUUCUGAGCCUGAAGUUCCAGUAGAUUGGAAAGAACGAUGCGUAGCUCUGGAGUCUCAGCUCAUGAAAUUUAGAGUUCAAGCAAGCAAGAUAAGAGAGCUCUUAGCAGAGAAAAUGCAACAGCUUGAGAGACAAGUUAUUUAUGCUGAACGUCAAGCAGAAAAGGCUUUUCAGCAGGUGCAAGUUAUGGAAGAAAAAUUAAAGGCAGCCAAUAUUCAAACUAGUGAAUCAGAGACAAGGCUGUAUAAAAAGUGUCAAGAUCUGGAGUCUCAACUACAGGAAAAAGAUGACAUCAUCCAGAACUUGGAGCUGCAACUUGAAGAGCAGAAACAAGUAAGGAUACGAGAAGCUAAGAUAAUAGAAGAAAAAGCAGCCAGGAUCAAAGAGUGGGUAACAGUUAAGUUAAACGAGCUGGAAUUAGAAAAUCAGAAUCUUCGUUUAAUCAACCAAAACCAAACUGAAGAGCUAAGAACAAUGCAGUCAAAAGUACAAGAACAAGGGAAGAAGGCACCUGCCGUCUCUGCAGAAGUUCCAGGAAAGAAGGCGUCCACCGUCUCAGUUCCAAAGCUUUUGGAAGGUCAGCGCCUGAGCAGCUUGACGUUCGGGUGCUUUUCGUCCCGAGCAAAGAGCCCCACUCAUGCAGUGAAACCCGAGGAAGCGAGCAAAGACCCCGAGUUCGCUGAAGGAAAACGCACGGAAGAAGUGACAAGCGCAGAGAAGUCUGACGGCCAAGCUCACGAAAGCAACAGAAGCCAGAGAACGCCGCACGAAGCGCCGUGCGGCUCGGAGCAGAACCGGCAGCCGAGAGCCAGCGUGGCAACGGACGGCGGCACGUCCCAGAACUCGGGGGCUCCGGGGAGCGACUGGAGUUCUGACGAGGAAGAGGGGAGCAAAGGCCGAGCCAAGUCCAGGUGCACGUCCACCCUCUCGAGCCACACGUCCGAGGAGGGGGGCCGCUGUGGCCGGCUGGGCAGCGAGGCGUAUCUCACGGCGUCCGAUGACAGCAGCUCUAUGUUUGAAGAAGAGACCUUCGACGUCCGGCGGCCAGAGCCCAGGAUGCUGUAUUCCUGGCAGCAGGAGGCUCAGUGGAAAGCGCAGAAUAGUCUGGGGAAGGGCAAUUCUGAGUCAAGCAAAAAGGAGCAAGAUAGCUCCUCGGACGAACUGAAUAAAAAGUUUCAGUCUCAGAGACUGGAUUACUCAUCCUCAUCAAGUGAGGCCAACACCCCGAGCCCCAUUUUGACCCCGGCUCUAACUCCAAAACAUCCCAGCUCCCUCCCUGGCAAAGGAUCCCAACCAGUGCCUUCGUCGCACCUGCCGCCCCCCAAGUUAAGGAUCCCCAAUGUCUUCAGCAUAAGCGUGGCGCUCACCAAAAAGCACCUAAGCCAGCCUCAGUUAUCCUCCGACAGGACGUUCGGCACGAACAGAAACGCCAUCAGCAUGAUACGACCGCUGAAGCCCCAGGAAACAGACCUCGACCUUGUCGACGCCGAGGUCGUAGAGAUGGACACGGGCCACGACGAGGGGCUGUUUUCCUGUGACUCCCUGGAACCUCCGUGUCUAGAUGACCAAGAAGCCCGUGACUCGGCCAAGAAGGCAGCGUGUCCCAAGCCUCCCACGCCCCCCCUGCACCGCUUUCCCUCUUGGGAAAGCAGAAUUUAUGCUGUAGCCAAAUCAGGCAUCCGAAUGUCUGAAGCCUUCAGUAUGGAGAAUGUUAAUAAAAAUUCGGCCACCAUGCUGUCCUAUAGCGCUUCGGGCCUUUACACAGCUCUGAUAUACGAGAAUAUGACAACCCCAGUGUAUGCAACGUUGAAGGGGAAGGCGACACAAAUAAGCAGCAGCCCUUUCCUGGAUGAGUCGUCAGGCUCCGAGACAGAUGACAGCUCCAGGUCCAGCUCGCGGACAUCCGAGUCAGACACACGCAGCCGCAGUGGGCCAGGCAGCCCCCGAGCCAUGAAGCGAGGUGUGUCUGUCUCCUCUGUGACUUCCGAAAGCGAUUACGCCAUUCCUCCUGACGCGUACCUUACGGACGCAGAGUACGCGCAGCCCGAGCAGAAGCUGCUGAAGAUCUGCUCGUCUUCCAGCGAUAAUGGGAAAAAUGAGCCAUUGGAGAAAUCUGGAUAUCUACUGAAAAUGAGUGGGAAAGUCAAGACUUGGAAGCGGAGGUGGUUUGUCCUUAAAGGUGGAGAAUUACUUUACUACAAGUCUCCGAGUGAUGUGAUCAGAAAACCCCAGGGCCAUAUUGAACUCAGUGCAUCCUGCAGUAUUUUAAGAGGCGAUAACAAACAGACAGUUCAGUUGACCACUGAAAAGCACACCUACUACCUGACUGCAGAUUCUCCCAAUAUAUUGGAAGAGUGGAUAAAAGUGUUACAGAAUGUUCUUCGAGUACAAGCUGCCAACCCCGUCUGCCUGCAGCCUGAGGGCAAGCCCACAGUGAAGGGAUUGCUCACGAAGGUAAAACAUGGCUACUCCAAGAGAGUGUGGUGUACGCUUGUUGGGAAGAUACUGUAUUAUUUCCGUAGUCAAGAAGAUAAGUUUCCUUUAGGUCAGAUCAAGCUCUGGGAGGCUAAGGUUGAGGAGGUGGACAGGUCCUGUGACUCGGAUGAAGAUUACGAAGCCAGUGGACGCAGUUUGUUAUCUACUCACCACACCAUCGUGAUCCAUCCCAAAGACCAGGGACCCACUUACCUCCUGAUCGGGUCCAAGCAUGAAAAGGACACUUGGCUGUAUCACCUGACUGUUGCAGCCGGAAGUAACAAUGUCAGUGUUGGAUCUGAAUUUGAACAACUUGUUUGCAAGCUGCUAAAUAUAGAAGGGGAACCUUCUUCCCAGAUAUGGAGACACCCCACCUUGUGUCACAGCAAAGAGGGGAUCCUGUCCCCUCUGACCACACUCCCUUCUGAAGCCCUGCAGACAGAAGCAAUUAAGUUAUUCAAGACCUGCCAGCUUUUCAUUAAUGCAGCCGUUGACUCCCCUGCGAUUGAUUACCACAUAUCUCUAGCACAGAGCGCUCUGCAGAUCUGCCUGACGCAUCCUGAGCUACAGAAUGAAAUUUGCUGCCAGCUUAUUAAGCAGACGAGGCGAAGACAGGCCCAGAACCAGGCAGGACCGUUGCAGGGCUGGCAGCUCUUGGCGCUCUGUGUCGGGCUCUUCCUUCCCCAUCAUCCCUUCCUGUGGCUCCUCCGGCUUCAUCUAAAGAGGAACGCAGAUCCCAGGACAGAAUUUGGAAAAUAUGCCAUUUACUGCCAGCGAUGUGUAGAAAGAACCCAACAAAACGGGGAUCGGGAGGCAAGACCCUCGAGGAUGGAAAUUCUUUCAACCCUCCUGCGGAACCCUUACCACCAUUCCUUGCCUUUCAGCAUACCUGUGCACUUCAUGAAUGGGAUAUAUCAGGUAGUUGGGUUUGAUGCAUCCACCACAGUGGAAGAGUUUUUGAAUACUCUGAACCAGGACACCGGGAUGAGGAAGCCAGCCCAGUCUGGAUUUGCGUUGUUCACCGAUGAUCCUUCUGGCAGAGACCUCGAGCAUUGUCUCCAAGGCAACAUCAAGAUUUGUGACAUUAUUUCUAAAUGGGAACAAGCUUCCAAAGAACAGCAACCUGGGAAAUGUGAGGGCACAAGGACUGUUCGUUUAACUUACAAAAACAGACUUUAUUUCUCAAUGCAAGCUCAUGGAGAAACUGAUAGAGAAAAGUUGCUGCUAAUGUAUCAGACAAAUGAUCAAAUAAUAAAUGGCCUUUUCCCUCUGAACAAGGAGCUGGCAUUAGAAAUGGCAGCUCUUAUAGCUCAGGUGGAGAUUGGAGAUUUUGAAAGACCUUUCUCUACUCCAGCAGGGCAGGCCACCAACCAGGGCAAAGCAAGUCAGACUCUCAGACAAGUCAUAGAGAAAUUUUACCCUAAAAGGUACAGAGACGGCUGCACUGAGGAACAGUUAAGGCAGCUCUCCCAGCGACUUUCCACCAGGUGGAUGGCCCUCCGGGGACACAGCGCUGCUGACUGCGUGCGCAUUUACUUGACAGUGGCCAGGAAGUGGCCUUUCUUUGGUGCCAAGUUGUUUUUUGCAAAACCUGUCACUCCAUCAUCACUUGGGAACACUUUCAUGUGGCUGGCUAUACAUGAGAAUGGCUUGAGCAUCCUAGAAUACAGCUCCAUGAGGCUGGUGGUCAGCUAUGUGUACAGAAGUCUGGUGACCUUUGGGGGUCAUCAAGACGAUUUCAUGGUGGUCAUCAAUACACACGCAAAAGACAACCCCACAGAGAGACUGCUUUUUGCCAUGGCAAAACCCAAGAUUCUUGAAAUCACUCUUCUGAUCGCCAGCUACAUCAACAACUUCCAUCAGCAAAAGGCAGCAUUUCACCAUCUCUCUGCUCCAGCUCUGCUCUCAACCCAGACCCAGGGACCCCACGCCAGGCCGUCGGGAAGCCAGCCCCUUCUGUCCAACAGCAGGCCCACCAAGGGGCCCACCCUGCUCUGAACGCUCCAAGGGCCAAACACUGCGCACUGGGGACAAGAUCGUCCCCCGCGGCUCUCGCUCCCCCUCGCCCAGCGCUCCAGGCUUUAGCAGUAAUGAGCUUACCUCUCCUAUCUGACUUAAAAAUUCAAAUGACAAUAAAACAUGAACAUGCAAUUUA